ACCCAUUUCUCCUUCCUAACCAUCUCUCUCUUUCUCUCUUCCCGGUGCUUCGUCGUCGUUAGGUCUUUUCCGUUGACGGAGGCAAAUUUCUUCGCUUCUCUUUGUACCGGCGGUAAAUGUGGUCUUACCGACGAGAAAACCCUAAUUUCAGGGAUUAGAUAGCUUUUUGAAACAAUUUCGAGCGAUGAGUACAGAGAGAGCUCAAGAAGGUGAUAAGAACGAGGCCGCUUCUUCCUCGGGAUGUUCCGAGUCCUACGAGUUUAGCCACGCCGCCGCUAAAGCUGCAGUAGCUCAGGUCUGCGAGAGCGUCGGAUACGAGCAUUUCAAAGAUUCAGCUCUCGAAUCUCUAGCUGGAUUCGCACUCCAGUACAUUCUUCAGCUAGGUAAAACUGCUACUUCCUUCGCUAAUCUAACUGGUAGGAGUCAGUGUAACGUGUUCGAUAUCAUUCUGGCUUUGGAUGAUUUGACUGAUGAUGGCAAAGAAGGAAUUUCUUCUGAGAGUUGUUCAUUAGGGCGUUCGGUUAAACUUAGGGAGAUUAUUGAUUACGUUAAUUCGAGUGAAGAAAUCCCGUUUUCGCAGCCAUUGCCGCGAUUUCCUGUAGCUAUAAGUGAUAGGAGUAGGAAUUUGAUCCCAAGCUUUGUUGAAAUUGGUGAAACUCCACCAGGAAAACAUAUUCCUUUGUGGCUACCAGCUUUUCCUGAUCCUCAUACUUAUAAGGAAACACCUAUGUGGAUCGAAAGGGUAUCAGAUCCGAGGGGGGAUAAGAUUGAGCAAGCGAGGCAGAGGCGGAAGGCUGAGAGAGCUUUGUUGAGUUUGCAGAGGAAACUUGUUUGUAAACUCUCCUCAAGGAAUCCUGUGUGGGGAGAUAUGGAUAGUGUGAAAGAAGAAAUGAGAGAAGACGAGAGUGAAAUGCGUUCUGUAUCACCUUCGAUAUCCGAGGAGAAAGUCGAAUCAUUGAAUAGAGAUGGUCUAUCAGUGAUAGAGGCAUUUGCUCCUGCCAUGGAGGCUGCAAGAGAUGGGUUUUCUAGUGAAGCUCAUACUGAAUGGAAGAAGAAAAAACCUGUUGCUCUUUCUAAGCUCAGAACUGAGAAGAAAUUUCUCGGACAACCGUUGGAUCUAAGUCUACAGAUGAAGGGUGAAGAUAGACCCUUAUCCUUUGUGCGUGAGGAGGAUAGAGAUGACAAAAGAAGGAGAGCGGAGUUCAUUUUGAGACAGUGUAUGGAGAACCCAGUAGACCUCAAUCAGUUGUAAAAUAAGUGAUUCAUUACAGUUUGUGAAGCGUAGUUUUAAAAUUGUGAUUUGUAACUUUUCUUUACAGGCCUAUGUUAUGAUUAUGAUUUUGUGACUAAAAGAAUGAGAAUUUC